UCCGUUAAUGUUCUCCUAGCCUAAAUUCGGCAAUAACUUUGUUAUGAACAAAUGAGAAGUGUUGCAUUUUAGUGUUGGAAAAACAUACUAGAUGAGUACCUUUUAUGGGGAGCCAGCCGUUGUCUAAAUCUCCAAGUAAAAUUAAGCACAACCUGAGAGCACACGAGUACUCCGUCUGUGAUUCGUCGUAGGAUAGAUCAGUCUGUCGCCAUGAGUUUAGUUGGAGGGUUUCCCCACCACCCGGUGAUGCAUCAUGACGGCUAUUCCUUCGCUGCUGCAGCAGCUGCCAGCCGCUGUCAUGAAGAAACCCCGUAUUUCCAUGGGUGGCUUAUCAGCCAUCCGGAGAUGUCUCCUCCAGACUACACUAUGGCACCCUCGUACAGCCCAGAAUACUCAACCGGAGCCCCCGGGCUCGAUCACUCGCACUACGGAGGAGUACCAGGGGCCGACGACGUCGGAAUGGGACCACGCACGGUGAAACGUAGACCCACGGCAAACCGAAAGGAGAGGCGCAGGACUCAGAGCAUCAACAGCGCCUUCGCAGAACUCAGGGAAUGCAUUCCCAACGUGCCCGCGGAUACGAAGUUGUCCAAGAUCAAAACUCUUCGCUUGGCCACCAGUUAUAUUGCUUACCUUAUGGACAUUCUGGACAAAGACGAACAGAACGGGGAAGCGGAGGCCUUCAAAGCGGAAUUCAAAAAGACAGACGCCAAAGAAGAGAGGCGAAAGAAGGAAAUGAAUGACGUUUUGAAAAACUCAGGGAGCAGCAAUGACAAGAAAACCAAAGGGAGAACAGGUUGGCCGCAGCAUGUUUGGGCUUUGGAACUGAAACAAUGAGACUAAAGCAAAAGACAUGAAAUGAGGCCCUCUGAACUCAUUUUCAGUUGUUCUCUCACUUUAUUUAAUGGAAUAUUUAUGUGCAAUUUCCCGCUACGGACAUUGGAUAUUUGAGGAAAAACCAUUCCAUUUUAGAAGGAGGAUACUCUCUUGGUAAGAGACUGUGUGUUGCUGUCUGAUGAUGCUUAUGUUUGUUUCCUUGUCCCAUUGUGAAUCCAAAUUAGAUAUCUGCCACUAUAGGAGUACGUGAAGUUGUCUGUUCUCUAUCACUUUCAGUAGGAUAUUUCUUUCUCUGUCUCCCUCAUUCUUGAAUUCUAAGAAGGUGUAGUCGAUGUUAUAAUAUAGUAAAUGUUUUAUUUGAAAAUGUCAUGAAGUGUUAUAUUGUCAUUUUGUGGUCGUAUAGAUUGCUGAUGUCUAAAACAACUGUUAACUGCACUCCGUGC